AUUAUCGGCAAGGGGGCUUUCGGCGAGGUUCGCUUGGUUCAAAAGCAAGACAAUGGUUACAUAUAUGCCAUGAAAAUCCUUCACAAAGUUGAUAUGCUGCAAAAAGAUCAGCUUAGUCUGCAGAUUCAAACCAGGCGGUCUUUCUCUUCUGUGAGCAUCCAUUACAGAGUCUCAUUUCAUAUAAUGUUUGUGAAAGUGACGAAUCGCCAAUCUUCCGGUCAAGUUGAACUUCGCAGCUCUUCUUUAGAUCUGACCCUGUUUAAAGCAUCAGACGCUUAA